CGAGUUUGGCAUCUGGCAACCCUGAUGCGAGACGGCAACACUGUGCAAACAUGAAAACUUGCUCGAAAUGUUGUGCUUCUCGUGCUGCGUUAAAACGGCCGAAAACGGGCGAUGCACUGUGCAAGGAGUGCUUCUUCAACGCUUUUGAGGCGGAGAUACAUGAUACUAUCGUGCAGGCCAAUUUAUUCCAGCCUGGAGAUUUUGUCGCAAUUGCAGCGUCCGGUGGUAAAGAUUCAACAGUUCUGGCAUACAUAAUGAAGCUUCUGAAUGACAGGCACAAUUAUGGUCUUAAACUGGUCCUCCUGUCUAUUGACGAAGGCAUAACAGGUUAUAGAGAUGAUUCUCUUGAGACUGUCAAGCGGAAUGAAGAACAGUAUGGGAUUCCUCUCAGCAUCCUUUCCUACAAGGAACUCUAUGGGUGGACAAUGGAUGCUAUUGUGAAAGAGAUUGGAAGGAAGAAUAACUGUACCUUUUGCGGAGUCUUUCGUCGGCAAGCCCUCGAUCGUGGUGCUCUUAAACUUGGGGUGAAUAAGAUGGUUACGGGCCACAAUGCUGAUGAUAUUGCUGAGACUGUGAUUAUGAAUGUUCUGAGGGGUGAUAUUGCAAGGUUACAAAGGUGCACGGCAAUCAGCACUGGGUCUGAAGGUGCCAUCCCUCGCUCCAAGCCAUUCAAAUAUACCUACGAGAAGGAAAUCGUUAUGUAUGCUCAUUUCAAGAGAUUGGACUAUUUUUCUACAGAAUGUAUCUACUCUCCAAAUGCAUACAGGGGUCAUGCGAGGACCUACCUCAAGGACUUGGAAUCCAUUAGACCCACUGUUAUACUAGACAUUAUACAUUCAGGUGAAUGCAUGGCUGUAAAGGAAGGAGUCAAGUUGCCUGUGCAAGGAACAUGUGAGAAGUGUGGCUAUAUCUCUAGUCAGAAGACAUGCAAAGCAUGCGUUAUGCUUGAAGGCCUAAACAAGGGUGUUCCAAGGCUGGGAAUUGGAAAGAGCAGCAAAGACAAAGCAAAGUAUGAAGAGCUUCAGAAUGGAUCUCCUCAUUCUACAGUGAAGAAGCCAUUAAAUAUGUCUUUAGACUGGUGAUAGUCAGAACUGGG